AUGGCCUCAGAAUGGAGAGGAUGCUGUGCCGGCCUCUACACUUAUCUUGCCAAAGUUGAAGAAUUGCCGCUUCGACUGAUUGGACCAAACCGCAUGUCCACGAAAACUCUACCACAGUCUCCCGAGGAAGGUUCAGCACCGCUCGCUUCAUCCUUAUUUGGGUCGUUCUCCGAUAAUACUGCUGGGGAGGAAGGCCUCCAGCAGCACGACGAGAUCGUCGGGGAAGAGAAAUACCGACAGAAAGCAGCCAACUGCUUCUUUAACGGCCAGCCUCUCCCUCGUGGGCCGUGGGACAUUGUCCGGCCAAAGCCAUUCCAAGCCACUGCCGCUUCCCUAGCCUUGUGCGGGUCGGUAUAUUGUGGGCAGGUGAUGGCUCCGAGCUUCAGCAUCUACAUUCGAGUGUUCAUCAAGCUUGUGCGGCUGGGAGGGGGAGAGCAAAUGUUCUGA